AUCACUCCGCUCGAUGAUCAAGAUAUGGCCAACGCAAUCUUCCUGCCCGCCCUGCUGGAUUUCGACCCAUUCCUCACCAGCGGGGCAGCAAUAACAGCGAUGUCCGACGACGUUGAUUCCGCUCUCGAAAACUGGAUUGACACUUUACAUAAACAUUAUCUCUCUUUUGCGGCCAUUGCCGUUGAUGAAGUAGACAAUAUCGAUCAGCAGGAAAGAUUUACGAGGCUAGUUGCACGCAUUCCAAAGGCGCCGCUGUUCACUCUCGCGACGCUUAUCGUGCUCUCUAUCAUUUUCAACGGGUCCAUCUUAGGUGUGUCGCUGUGGAAAACAAGCCUAGGAAAGACGCAUUCGAAACAAGUGAUUGUCUCGGUCGCUGGUCUGGCAGCAAAUAUCUUUGAGCAUGAGCUGGCGAAAACUGGUCCCGCUAUUGGUAAUGUAUGGGAUCUUUUCGAAGAGUCAAAAGAAGAAUCGCCCAGCUCACGGGUUGGUAUAAGUGAGAAUUCAGCUGGUGGGCACCACUUUGUGACGUUUGUCGCUCAAAACGGCAGCCCG